AGAAUGUCAAAGGAUGCUUCUGGCAGACGUCAGAUUCAACAUGGCCUGUGCGUUUCCUAUAUCCUCGAGGCGCUGCUGAACAUUACGACCAUUGCGAGCAACUGAAUCUUGCAUAAUACCUUUGAUUCGUUCUUGUCAUAUGUUGGCUAUAUACACGUUUAUAUUUUUUGAGAUACCAUCUUCAGGUUGAUACAACAGUGAAAGGACAAGUCAAAGCAAACAUAUACAAUCCGAUGGAAUCGGCCCUAGAAGACGAGUGUCAAGCAAUCAACGCAAUUUACUCGGAAUCCACGCUGGCCGUGCUGUCUCAAGAUCCCACAAUCUGCUCCCUCGAACUUCCUGGCGAAGUAGGAAUAUCACUACGAUUAGAAUUCCCACAAGAUUAUCCAGAUGCACCUCCUUCAAUCCUCGGCACGCAGUCAGUGGGCGAGAACAUUGCAAAAGGUCAAGGUACCCACGCCGUCGACCUUGCACGUUCUGUCCUCGCAGAAGUCUAUCAACCAGGCUCCCCAUGCAUCUUCGACCUUGUGGAAGAAGUCAGUCAGAGACUUCAGCAGUACAACGAGGACGCCAGCCAAAAUCAAGGGAAUCAAGAGCAACAAGAUGCUCAAAGGAGAGGUCAGCAACUCGAAGACGACGACAAUGAUCCAGAUCCUGAUGAGAUGCAGUCGCUAGAUCUGCUGGACAAGGAACCCCCCUGGAUACUCUCAGAUGUCUUUACAGAAAAGAAAUCGGUGUUUGUUGCUAGAGCUGCUGCCGUGACUUCGCCAGGAGAGGCAAAGUCGUAUUUGGCGUAUCUACUUGCUACGGACAAAAAAGUUGCGAAGGCUUCGCAUAACAUUACUGCUUGGCGCAUACAUGGGCCAAAUGAUACGGCAUUCCAGGAUUGUGAUGAUGAUGGGGAGACUGCUGCUGGUGGGAGGUUGUUACAUCUCAUGCAACUUAUGGAUAUCUGGGAUGUUAUGGUUGUUGUUACGAGAUGGUAUGGCGGCGUGCAUCUGGGGCCGGAUCGUUUCAGGCUCAUCAAUACUACUGCUCGAGAUGCGUUUGUGAAAGGAGGAUAUGUCCAAGAAACCGGCAAGGCAGAGAGCAGCAACAAGAAAAAAGGGAAGAAAUGAAGACAUAAGCUCACGAGAAUAGUCGACUAUCUUGCAGGCCAUGUCAACCGACUUUGGAACCUUUGUGUUUUCGUAUGCGUCUUGACACAUGAUUCGCAGCAAGGCACUAAUUUGCGCUUUCUUACCUCGACCCCGUUCUCGAGGAUGUUGGUGGGCAACUCAACACAGAUGUGUUUCGCCAACGGGAUCGCAAUGAGUUCGCUAUGUCGAG